UGUAACAGAGAGGCCAUAACAGGGAAGCUGGACUCGAAGCCUUUCAGCUCGACAACAAUACACCUUCCACUAUAGAGUUUCAAUAGUCACAAUUAUAUUGACAUUCCCUUAUAAUUUACAAAAGCUAAGAAGAGAAGACAACGGGAAAAUCCAUAUGCGAACGCGCCUAUGCAACAUCUGAAGGUUGCGGGCAGCGCAUCAAGAAAACAUGGCCAGUUCAUUUUUCUAUGUGUGCAUAACAUUCAAAUUUUCAAAUACGCAGAACAAAAACGAGAUUCUGCAGAAAGACAAGCACGAGGAAUGAAAUUGGGACUUACUAUGCGAGGAAGGCAAUUCCUCAGAACUCCUUCUUCCAACAACAGAAGAUACUAACCGAAGAAGCGAGAGGAAAGAAUGACUGACGCAGACGGAAGAGUCUCGAACACUCUAAACUGCGGGACGGGAAGAAGACGGCCAGGGUACCCGACUCUCUUGCUCUGGUCGAGGAUGGGGGCUGGGGGCGCGGAGAGAGGGUGGCUAAUUUUGGGUUUAUUUAAGACAGCAGAGAGCCUUGCACACUUACUGAUGUCUACUCACCUGCAGGAAAGUGUAGAAGCUACAGCUGAGGUCUCAAAGACAUUUAACGAGAAGAUCAGAAAGUACUGUGAUAUGACCCUACUUUCUUGUGCCUACGCUGGGAUAGGGAAUGUUCUGAAGGUUCAAAACCUCCUUGGGAAUUGUGCUCAGCAUUUGGAGAAGGGUGAAAACUACCAGGGACCUGCGGUGCUUGCAAUAGCAAUGGUGUCUAUGGCUGAGGAAUUGGGACUUGACAUGGCAAUUCGAACUUUGGAGCAUCUUUUGCAAUAUGGGGAACAGAACAUCCGGCGGUCAGUUCCUCUGCCUCUUGCCCUUCUAUGCAUAUCGAAUCCAAAGGUCAAUGUGAUGGAUACGCUAAGCAGACUUAGUCAUGACACGGAUUCAGAAGUUGCAUCAGCUGCAAUUAUUUCCCUUGGGCCGAUAGGUGCCGGGACGAAUAAUGCACGAAUUGCUGGCAUGCUUCGCAAUCUUUCGAGUUAUUAUUACAAAGAUGCCAUCCUUCUUUUCUGUGUAAGACUUGCUCAAGGCCUUGUGCACUUAGGCAAGGGUUUGUUGACUCUUAAUCCGUAUCACUCUGAUCGGUUCUUGCUAUCACCUGUGGCGCUUGCAGGUUUAGUUACCUUUUUGCAUGCUUGUCUUGAAAUGAAGGCCAUGGUACUGGGGAGAUAUCACAUCGUCCUCUACUUCCUCGUCUUAGCAAUGCAGCCAAGAAUGUUGAUGACGGUGGAUGAGAAUUUGAAGCCUCUGUCCGUCCCUGUACGGGUCGGACAGGCUGUAGAUGUGGUUGGCCAAGCUGGUCGACCCAAAACCAUAACAGGUUUCCAGACGCAUUCAACGCCGGUUCUAUUGGCUGCUGGCGACAGAGCUGAGCUAGCGACGGAGAAGUAAGAUGUUCUUCUUUGCUUUUCUGCAUUGAUUUGUAGAGAAUCGGCUCAUGCUCUCUCAGGAGGACAACUAAUUUUCCCAGCGUUUUCUUGAUAUACUUUUGGUGGUGGUGUUUUUGUUCUUCGGGUACAUUCCACUGUCGCCAAUUUUGGAAGGAUUUGUGCUCCUGAAGGAGAACCCGGAUUACCAAGAGGAGAGUUAAAGCUAGAAAUUUUGAGGGUUCGUGCACACUGUUUGGUUUGAAUUUUCUCUUAUGCUACAUUACAUGAGUAAAGAGUAUCAAUGUCU